GGCUCCGGCAGCGACCGGCGGGAUGCCGCCGACUGCGCCAUCGCUGGGCCUGAUGGCUGACGGGCUGGGCAACAGCUCCGCUCUCGGUGCUGUAAUUUGUCUUGAGCAAUUGCUGAGGUGGAAGAACACUACCUUUGUAUCUGAGUAACAGUGAUUAGAACCAAAAGACUUGUCUGAGGUUGACUAUCUUUAUAUUUUACAUCUUAGGUAUCUAAUUACAACCAAAGAAAAGUGGCUAUUUACAUAGGCCUAUGUAAAUAAUCUGAUGGAGAGGUUCCCUCGGUUUUGUCAAGCCAUGGCUUACAGACAACUACUUUGACAACUAAAAUGGAUGGCAAUGAUGGCAAGGCUGAGCACCUAGAGUAUAUUGCCUUUGCUUUGGUUCCUGUUUUCUUCAUCAUGGGUCUCGUGGGGAUCCUUAUCUGCCAUAUCCUUAAGAAAAAAGGAUACCGUUGUACAACAGAAGCUGAAGAACUAGAAGAAGAAAAAAUUGAUGAAAAAAUAGAAAUGAAUGAAACUAUACAUGAGAAUAGUGACACUGUGGGACAAAUUGUUAACUACAUCAUGAAAAAUGAAGCAAAUGCUGAUGUAUUAAAGGCCAUGGUAGCAGAUAGCAGUGUCUUUGAACCUGAAAGCCCGUUAUCUCCUACCUCUCCUGAGAGUCCAAUGAGUCCAGGGACUCCUUUGUCACCAGGUGUUGUUCCAUUCAGACACAGCUGCAAAGCCCAUCACUUCCAUACUGUCGGAGGAGUGGUGGAAAAGGAUGUUUGUACUCGCUGUAGUCACAAACGAUGGCACCUUAUAAAGCCAGCUCAAAAAUCUAAAGAGAACAGAAGAAGUCGUAUUGGAGAAGUUACAGUCCUUUCUGUGGGAAGAUUUCGAGUCACAAAAGUGGAUCACAAAUCAAACUCCAAAGAGAGGAAGAGCUUGAUGUCCGUUAGUGGCGUGGAGAGUGUCAAUGGUGAGAUGCCUGCCACGCCUGCCAAACAGGACGUGAGCGAAGCACCUGCCACGCCUGCCAAACAGGAGAUGCAAGAGAGGAGAAGCUCAGAGUAAAGGUGGAUCUUUUAGAAGAAGAUUGUCUGCAAGCACUUUGGAGAAAACUGAAAACUCCCAAGAGACGUAUACUAUUUAGGGAAAUGUAUUUAUGGCAAUGUAUCAUUUUACAAAUUUUGUGAUGUCAUUCCUGCAAGGUUAAACACUUAAUGGUUUUUGACCAGUAAAGUAGUGCGAUUUAGGCACUUAAAUACCAUUGAGCUGUGUGGACAUCAUAAUGAAUGGCUUCAUCUUGGAAAGAAAACAUACGUACAAGUUUUUGGACAGGAAAGGUAAAAGCUUUAUCAAGUCUUAGACUGUUUUUGUACUUAGACAAGCAUUUACAAGCUCAAUAUUAAGAAUAAUACAAUUGCCUCAUGGAUAAACUGCAUUCACCCCAGUAGUCCAUCUGGAUUUUUCUUCUCCUCUUCUGCCUGCUCCAAAAUUGACAAGUGUUUGCUGAAGAUAAAAGCCAGCCUUUGAAAUAUGAAAUUAUUCUUUUAAUCUAACUGCUUGUAGCCAAGUAAAAUGUACAUAAUUAUGUCAGCCAAAUCUGCAUAUGUGCCUUUAAUACAUAAACCCUUGAACUCUGUGCAGGGUACCUCAAAGUAGAGACUGUUCAGUUAUAUGCAGAUGCUAAAUUAAAUUGUUGUUCCCCAGACCCAUACCUCUCCCUUACUACUUGACAAAGACUGAAGAGCACCUUUUUGUAUGUAGUUGGAUGAGCUCUUGGUGAGGUUGCUUUCCUCAAGGCCUUGUGUUCUUUUUCUUGUAAUUGCUCACUCUUCAAAUAUGAGUGCCUAAUAGUUUUGCUUUUCUUCUGUUGCUCUUACCCACAAGUUCCUUAUUAAGUUAAGGCAAUGCAUUUCAAGCCUUAGAUAAGGAUAUGGAAUAUUGGGCAUUAAAAAAUUUAUGGAAUAUAGACUAAAGUGCUUCAGAGUGGCUUUAGUGGACUGAGGGUAGUUGUAUUCAUUGGCAGUAAAAUCUUAAGCCAAUGUUACUCCUUUCAUAUUUUAAGUGUUACUUAAUGCUAAAAUUACCAUGAUAUUGUGGUAUUAAUUUUCUUUAUCUACUUAUGAUCUCAGCUUUGUCCUGUUACUUGUUCUGGGGAGAGAAAUCUCUGUAAUAACUCAGCAAACUUUUCUAUGUAAUAGAAGGUCAUAUCAUUUGUUCUGAGUGCCUAAGAAUAUAAGCUCUAAUAUAAUGCUUUUUAGUAGAGAUUGCACUAUAUUCUGAGAACUAUAACUUAAUCUGCUUUAUGAACUCAAUGAAAAGCAGUGUAUGUUUUUGAAAUGGAUUUAUUGUAAAUUGAUACCUUCAAUCUUUUUAAUACAAGAACUCUAAAUUGUGUUUCUCCUUCAUAUCUGAGAAUUGUGUUUCUUCAUCGAUUUAUGUAUGCAGUGUUAACAAUCAGUGUGUACAAAAUUACUCUUCUUGCUUGUGUAUUGGUUACUCCCAUGUCUUGUCAGGAAGCAUCAAGUUUUUUCACUCUUGCUGCAGGUUUGUGCUGCUGAUGGUCUUCUGUGUGUAUCCACAAGAUACUGACUGGUCCUAUCAAUAUGUACUUUUCUGUGAUGCUAUAUUUGCCAUAAAACCCACCACUGCCCAUCCAAACUUUGAAAAUAAUAAAUGUUUUAUUGUUAUUUUCAAUAUGGAUAUUUUUAGAGAUAAUUGUCUGUCCUUGAGAACCCAAAAUAAUAAUUUGGCUGGGACUCUUAACUUCAGUGUUUAGCAGCACUCCCUGCUCCCAUAAAUUUAAAAUCAGCUUGUGAAAUCUCUUCAAUAUUUAAGUACAACACAAACACCAGCCUCAUCUUACAAGCACACAUUAAGCUUCACAUGAUUAUUUGUAAGACGAAUAUUUCUAGAAGAUUUAAUUAGUAUUGGUUGUAGUAAUAAGCUUUCAGUUUUCAGGAGAUUGCUAGCUAUGAGUAUAAAGUGUUACUGGAAAAAGGGAGCAUUGGAGAAAACAGCAGUUUUCAAAUAAUUUUCAGAAAGAAGACACAGAAUUACAGACUGUCCCCAAAGCUUCUUCUAAAAAAAGGGCAGUUUGUCUUGAUAUUGUAUUUUGAUACAUGAUAUGUUAGUAUGGCGAAUAAAUAGCAAAAGGACUGAAGAAAGUUUAAACAGUAAUACCUUUUUUUUCCCCUUAUUUUAAAAGUAGUUUCUAUUUUGAUUCCAUUGAAAAUACGUAGAAUAAAAGGAAUGAAAAGAUGUUGGAUAUGUAAAAUAUUGUUUACCUGUAUAAAGUAAUUAUGUAAGGUAUUAUAAGAUCUGAUAUGUGCAAGAAUUGAAUUUAUGCAUUGCUACCUAAGUAAGAGAGGAUUUAGAAACUGCCUGUUUCAUUGCCUUUAACACUACACUGCUAUUUUGUAAGGGUAUGCAUAUUGCCAUAUUAGUCUGCUUUUUUAAAGUUUGCUUAUCAAAUGUAUUUUUAACAAAAUAGUUUAUAUACAACUUUUAUACUACCAAACAGUAAAUAAAAGUAUUGAUUCUUAA